AUGCCCCUAGAAGGUAUUCCCUUCAAAAGGAUGCCCCUAGAAGGUACUCCCUUCAAAAGGAUGCCUCUUGAUGUUAUUCCCUUCAAAAGGAUGCCCCUAGAAGGUAUUCCCUUCAAAUGGAUGCCCCUUGAUGUUAUUCCCUUCAAAAGGAUGCCCCUAGAAGAUAUUCCCUUUAAAAGAAUGCCCCUUGAUGUUAUUCCCUUCAAAAGGAUUCCCCUAAAAGGUAUUCCCUUCAAAAGAAUGCCCUUUGAUGCUAUUCCCAUCAAAAGGAUGCCCCUAGAAGGUAUUCCCUUCAAAAGGAUGCCCCUUGAUGUUAUUCCCUUCAAAAGGAUGCCCCUAGAAGGUAUUCCCUUCAAAAUGAUGCCCCCUAGAAGGUAUUCCCUUCAAAAUGAUGCCCCCUAG